GGCGAUAAGUGCUGAUUGGGUCUCUCUCUCUCUCAAGCAAGCCUGCUCCAAACUUUUUUUCUUCUUCUCCCUCCUCUCUCCGCUGCUAAAUGUUUGCCUUUAGUGUCUCUUGGCUGCGAGAAGAGGGAUUUUGCCCCCCUUAAAAACAACAACAACAACCCACCUCUCCGAUAUUUAUUUUUCUUAUUUAUUAUUUUCGUCUUCUUUGAGAGAGAAGACGAGAAAGGAAAUAAUUUCUAUAUAGAUAUUUCCAUAUACCUAUAUACACCCAUAGAUAGAUAUAUACAGGGAGAGAGAGAGAGAACUGGCUACCUGCUUGGGCUGGGUUGGUUUUUAAUUUUUUCUGGGGGGUGGGGGUAUUUUCUCCGCCCCCCUCCCCUGCAUCCAAGAAGAGAAAGUUGGACGUUUUGCUGGUUUUAGAGGGGGGAGAUAUUAAAAGGGUUUUUUGCCAACUUUUGGGGGGCGAGAUGGCCCUUUUGGGAUAUUUCCUGUUUCUUUGUGGGUUGACCCAAGGUCUCUCAAGCUAUCCCAUCUGGUGGUCCUUGGCGAUUGGUCACCAAUAUUCCUCCUUGGGAACUCAGCCCAUCCUUUGUGGCAGCAUCCCUGGCUUGGUGCCCAAGCAACUACGGUUCUGUCGGAACUAUGUGGAGAUCAUGCCCAGCGUAGCAGAAGGGGUGAAGAUCGGCAUCCAGGAAUGCCAGCACCAGUUUCGUGGCAGGAGGUGGAACUGCACCACUGUAAAUGACAGCCUGGCUAUCUUUGGCCCAGUGUUGGAUAAAGCCACCAGAGAGUCAGCCUUUGUUCACGCUAUUGCCUCUGCUGGUGUGGCUUUUGCUGUGACCAGGUCCUGUGCGGAAGGAUCGGCCACCAUCUGUGGCUGUGACACACGGCACAAGGGUCCUCCGGGAGAAGGCUGGAAAUGGGGAGGCUGCAGCGAGGAUGUGGAGUUUGGGAGCAUGGUGUCUCGGGAGUUUGCGGAUGCACGAGAGAACAGGCCAGAUGCUCGGUCGGCCAUGAACAGACACAACAAUGAAGCUGGAAGGACGUCCAUUAUUGACCACAUGCACCUCAAAUGCAAGUGUCAUGGAUUAUCAGGCAGCUGUGAGGUAAAGACCUGUUGGUGGUCCCAGCCUGACUUCCGGGUUAUUGGCGACUACCUCAAGGACAAAUACGACAGCGCUUCAGAAAUGGUGGUGGAGAAGCACAGGGAAUCCCGUGGCUGGGUGGAGACACUGCGGCCCAAAUAUAACUUCUUCAAAGCACCGACCGAGAGGGAUUUGGUCUAUUAUGAGAACUCGCCCAACUUCUGCGAGCCCAACCCUGAGACUGGCUCCUUUGGCACCCGCGACAGGAUCUGCAACGUCACUUCCCAUGGGAUUGAUGGUUGCGACCUCCUGUGCUGCGGGCGAGGACACAACACACGGACUGAGAAGAGGAAGGAGAAGUGCCAUUGUAUCUUCCAUUGGUGCUGCUACGUCAGCUGUCAGGAGUGCAUACGGGUCUAUGAUGUCCACACAUGCAAGUAAGAUGGGAUGGCCACGGAAAAAGAAUCAAAGAUUACUUUUUUCUAUUGGAGAAAGUGGACUUCUUGAGACACACACAAACACACAUACACACACAAACACACACAUAGAAGCUAGCAUUGGUUGGCUAGAAUAGGUAUCAUUUCUUCUCGACCAUCACAUCUGGAUGUUAACCUUGCAACUCCUGACAAACCGAGAUGCCAACCAACUAGCUGUUUUUGACCUUCUGCCCCACAGGAGACUGGUUUCUUUAACUAGUCGAGAACAAAGAGCUGGAUAGUGGAUGGCGAGCAGGUUUCCAGAAGGUUCUGGAAUCUCUGCUCUUUUCCUUUCAACUCACAUGGCAAAACUCGUGCUAUUAAGUGUCCUUUGAAUGUUGUGCGUCUUCCUGAAACAUGGCCCAUUUGUGCAUUAUGAGCAUGGAAGAAGCUUCUAGCGCAAUGACUCUUAAUGUUCCAGCCCAGCCUGUAGCUAUGUAUAGAAUUAACAACAGGUGGUGUGUUGUUGUUGUUUUUUAAGGCCCUUGUUCAACCUCUCACAGGAACUGGAGGAACUUGCAAAUGACUCUUCACUCUGUGGAACUGCCAAACUUUGUAAUAUAUUCAAAUCCUGAACUGAUUGACGAUUCAGACAAUGCUUCUACUAUGGGAGAAGGAAACAGGAAGUGAGGUGGCACUUGUGUGUUAUGCUUGUUAAACAAUGUAAUAGAAUACACACACACAUACUGUUACAUAUAUACAUACAUAUGUCCACCAUCUCACAGUUUCAAGUGGGCACUGCUAAGGCACUGCUUAUUAGCCCACUUGUACUGGGUGGGAUUUUUACCACAGGAAAUAAUGUCACAGUUGUGGGCUGUCUACCGGGAAUAUAACAUUGUGGCUUAAACAGUUGGCUCCCUUAGGCUCAACAGCAGGCCUCUGAGGACAAAAUGGCUGCCAGGCCUUACUGCAGUAGAUAGCAUAGCUGCCAAGUCUCCCGUAUUCCCCGGGAAACCCCCGUUUUUUCAGCUGUUCCAAGCCGAAAAAAACGGAUUAUUUGUUUUUCCCCAAUUUAUUCUGGCGUGGCGGCCAUUUUGGAACUGGGCGGAGCAUGCUCAG